AUGAGCAGUUUUCAUUAUUCUCUUAAUAUAGCUCGUCGGAGACCAGCUGCUAGGAUCUGUGAAAGAGCGACAUGGACUCGAAAUGCUACCACGGUUGCUGGAGGUCAUCGAUUUGGAGUUACACUGAACCAAUUGGCUUGUCCGCUUGCAAUUUCGGUGGAUGCAAAUCAGAAUGUUUACGUAGCGGAUCCAAAUAAUGAUCGUAUAGUCAAAUGGGAUCAUGAUGCAGUACGUAGUCAGGUUGUCGCUGGUGGACAUGGAACUGGAAAUAAUAAUGACCAAUUAUAUUUUCCGAGAGAUAUAGCCAUUGACAACGAGGGGGUGAUAUACAUCUAUGACCAUGGAAAUCAGCGUAUUCAGCGUUGGCGUAGAGGUGCUUCAACAGGGAAUACCUUUCUAGAACAUAAGUCUAUCAAUUGUAUAGCAGUAGAUGACGAAGGGUCGCUUUAUGUUUUGAUGUCAGGUGAAGUGAGAAAAUGGCGCAUCGGUGAGAAGACCAGAGAAGUAAUUGGUUCUGGUCUUAAUUUGGCACGGUAUAUGACUGUUGAUCGGAACGGAUCAGUCUACGUAUCUGAGGAGUAUUGUCACCGAGUGAUUAAAUUAGAUCCGAAAACAAAACAAAUCUCUGUUGUGGCUGGCGGUUCUCAAGGGAACGGCGCUGACCAAUUCAACAAUACAUGGGGUGUUGCUGUCGAUCAGUCGGGCUCUAUCUAUGUAUCGGAUUAUUUUAAUCAUCGAGUGAUGCGGUGGCUACGAGGGGCUACAUUCGGUGAGGUCAUUGCUGGAGGCCGUGGUCAAGGUUCCCAACCUGAUCAGUUAUAUCAUCCGGCUGACUUAUCAUUUGAUCUUGAUGGAAAUCUCUAUGUAGUGGAUAGCUAUAACAAUCGUGUACAAAAAUUUCUCAUAGACACACGUUCAUGUGACACAUGUAAGUGAGCUCUAAUUUGUCUACCUAACUUAUCUCUGUCUAUCUAGGAAACGCAAAGACAAGUGCCUAAUCAUAUUCAUAUACAUGCAUCAACAGCGGCCAACUGUAAAACAGCAUGACACAUGUUUACUAUCUCUUGUUUUAACAGCUUAUUAUUAAAAGUACACUUAUGAGUAUAGUUAGAGAAUAAUUAUAGCUUCUUAACCUAGUCCAAAACAGAGCAGCUUUUCAUCCGAAAGAGGUUAUAAUGAAGAUGUUUGACAAAUGAUGAAUGACUAGAAUUAUAAAGAUAGGGUGGGGUGUGGGUGUAGAUCUUCUCUUCAUCCACGCCACUACACCCACACCCACACCCUGAAAUUCAUCUAAUAAUUCGAAACUAUUGAUCACUCAUUUUCAAAAUACUUUUCAGAAAAUAAAUAUAAUGGCCCUGUGUUUUCGGUAAUAUUCAGAAGCCAAAGUACGAAGGGUAAAAUUUUUCAUAGAGUCAGUAUAUCAGUGUUCCAUGGGACACUGAUGUCAGUGUACACCGUAUCACUGACCUCAUCAGUGCUUCAAUGAACAUCGGUGUCAGUGAUCACUGAAACUGAGAUGUCACUGGCACCGAUGUCAUCAGUGUUCACUGAGCAUCACUGUCGGUGACGUCAGUAAUCAGUAAACUGAAACUGUACAUCCCUACGCUGGUUACGUUCCUUUAUACACCACCAUUAGCAUAGAUUCAGGAAACUUGUGAUGUUUCUGAAGUUUUAUUUCAAAUUGAACAAUAAGGUGAUUAAAAUCUAUUUAAAAACAAACAAACAAUGAGCUUAGAAAAACAUCACAUUUGUGCACAGUUCAAAGGGUUUCAUUCUCUCCUCUCUCUUAGAAUACAUAUCGUUUAUCGGCUCGAGCAAUUAAAAAUCAUCAGUUUUUUCAGUUAGUUAUCUUUGCUAUAUUUUGACAAUAGAGCAAAAUCAUACGAACUUCUGGACAUUUUUUACACAACUUCAUAUAAUCUUCCACCUUCAAAUAAUGCCCAGACCUAUGAACUUCCAGUAGUUUUGGAUAAUAUUGUUUUUCAACUGAAAAUAUUGCAACUAUUCGUACCAACGCGAUAUUAGCAUUAACUAUAUGGAAAUGUAAAGCAAACCAUUCGUUUUCAUUUUUAGAAAAAUCAUAUGUAGGCUUUUUAAAGAGCGCCAUUGUUUUUGAUGGUGUACAUAAACUGAAGCUGCUAUUAUCGACCAUACCACUUUCUGACGUCAUACGUCAUGGUGCACCUUAAUAUAAUGAUAUACAUAAGAAAGAAUCAAUAAAUUAUGACAUAGGAUAGAAUGAGCAAAAUGAAAUGAUCUACCCGUGUAAAUUAAAUGCAUCUGAAGAAACAUGUUUCUUUUUCAAAAUAAAUGAGUAAGCGUGGAUCGGUUAAAGGUUAGCUCGAAAACAUAAUGAAACAGAACAGCAAAUAUGGUUGAAAAUAAAUGAACUCAUUCAUCUUUGAGCACGCCUGACAUAUACUGCAUCUCACUUCCGUCGCUAUGAUGAGACAGAAAUCUCUUUCAAACCCCAUCUUACAAGUUUGACCUCAAUCGGCUAAAAGGUCGGGGUGGGUGUGGGUGUGAGUGUGGGUGUAUGGGUGUGGGUGUGGCGUGGGUGUGGGCGUGGAUGUGGGUGUGGGUGGGUGUGGGGUGUGGGUGUGG